AUGGGAAGCUUCAUGGAGAUGCAGAUGGAGGAGGAGUUCAUCUUCCGGAGCCCUCAUUCCGGGGUAGUCACGGUGCCGGACAAUGUGACGCUGCCGGAGUUUGUGCUUCAGAACUCAGAGUUGUACGCCGACAAGGUUGCGUUCGUGGAGGCUGGGAGUGGGAAGGCGAUCACACAUGGCCAGGUGAAGAGGGACACAGAGAGGUUUGCCAAGGCGUUGAGAUCUUUGGGUCUGAGGAAAGGGCAUGUGGUGAUUGCAGUGCUUCCCAACGUUGCUGAGUAUGCGAUUGUUGCUUUGGGGAUUAUGGCGGCCGGCGGGGUGUUCUCCGGCGCGAAUCCGGCAGCUCAUGCGUCGGAAAUUAAGAAGCAGGCUCAAUCUGCUGAUGCGAAGCUCAUUGUCGCAAAUGGACUCAACUAUGAAAAGGUCAAAGCUGUAGGACUACCGGUGAUAGUCCUAGACGACGAACCCAUCGAGGACGCCAUGAACUGGAAGAAGCUUCUAGACGCGGCGGACCGAGCCGGCCAAACCGUUCCGAAAGAACCGAUCUCACAGAUCGACCUCUGUGCAAUGCCUUUCUCCUCAGGAACCACCGGACUCUCAAAGGGCGUCAUGCUAACUCACAGAAACCUCGUCGCCAACCUCUGUUCCACUCUCUUCGGCGUCGAACCGGAAAUGGUGGGUCAGGUCACCUCCCUUGGGUUGCUCCCUUUCUUCCAUAUCUACGGCAUCGCCGGAAUCUGCUGCGCCACCCUGAGAAACAAAGGCACGGUGGUGGUUAUGGGACGCUUCGAGCUGAGGACUUUUUUGAAUGCUCUGAUCGCUCAUGAGGUCAACUUCGCUCCGAUCGUCCCUCCGAUCAUUCUGAACUUGGUUAAGAACCCGGUCGUCGAUGAGUUCGAUCUCUCCAAGCUCAAGCUUCAGGCAGUCCUCACGGCCGCCGCUCCUCUUGCUCCGGAAGUCCUCACCGCAUUUGAGAAUAAAUUCCCUGGUGUUCUGGUCCAACAAGCAUAUGGACUAACAGAACAUAGCUGCAUCACACUAACUCAUGCACACAAAGGAUUAGCGAAUUCAAAGAGGAACUCAGUGGGUUUCAUCCUCCCUAAUUUGGAAGUAAAGUUCAUUGAUCCUGACACAGGCAAGUCCCUUCCGAGGAACACGUCCGGCGAGCUUUGCGUGAGAAGCCAGGCCGUCAUGCAAGGUUACUACAAGCAGGUGGAAGAGACUGCACAGACUAUUGAUAAGAAUGGGUGGCUUCACACCGGAGACAUAGGCUUCAUUGAUGAUGACGACAAUGUGUUCAUUGUUGAUCGUAUCAAGGAGUUGAUUAAAUACAAAGGUUUCCAAGUUGCUCCAGCGGAGCUAGAGGCCAUUCUUCUAUCACAUUCUUCGGUUGAAGAUGCUGCUGUCGUUCCAAUAGCAGAUGAAGAAGCAGGAGAGAUCCCAGGGGCAAGUGUGGUGAUGUGCGCAGGUGCAAAAGAGAGUGAAGAGGACAUGAUCAAGUACGUUGCUUCUAACGUUGCCAGUUACAAGAAAGUGAGAGUUCUUCACUUUGUGGACGCCAUCCCUAAAUCUCCUUCUGGCAAAAUCAUGAGGAGGCUCGUCCGAGACAGAAUGCUCCAAAACAUGACACCUUCUCAUUCAAAAUCUGCCUAA